UCAACACUCCAAUAUUCGCUCCGUCCAAAUUCGAUCAAAUCUUACUCAUCAAAAAUGAUGAAUCAUCCCGAGAGUAGCGAGAUGUCAUCACAGAGGAACGAGAGAGACACACUGGAGAGGAAGUUUGGUAAAUACAUGGCUGCCACGGAAAGUCUUGGUCUUCCCUCAGCUAACCUACCUUCAACACUGGCCCGCGGGAAGUUGACUAGCGCUAACACUCCCGACUCUGUUAACAGACUUGGGGACAUCGCUCAUCACUGGCACCAGUUUGAUCUCAGAUUUGGGACCAAGAGGCCACUAAACGUCAAAUAUGAUAACUUUCCUCCUGGAUAUAAUGGUAUCCUAAAUAUGGAUUUGAGACGAAGGAGUGCAGAAAUGGCUAUCCAACUGAAUCUCCAUACUAGAGAGUUUCCUAAUAGACAAACAAACAAAAGUGACAGUGCCGAUAAAUCGACACUACAGGAACAUUUAGAUACUAGAGAUGUAGAGAAAAAUAAGCACAAGGCCAAGAAGGGUCGUCGAAAUAAGAAAAAAAAGAUGACCGAUGAAAACACUGAAAAGAACGAAAUCUCCGUUUUCCUUGAGAACCGCGAGACCCUUACCCCCGGACUUUUUGCUAGGGGGAAGCCCGCACCGGCUUUAUAUCGAGAAAACAGACAAUCCGAGAAGAAACCGGAGGUUGUCCACGAUGCCCAGAAAGUCAGAGAAGGAAAUGACACAGGAAAAACUACUGCUACUCCUACUCGUGAUGCCAACGUCAAUCAGCUCCUGGCUGAGAUUGAUAAAAAGAACGAGGAAUACGAAACGUACAGAAAGAAUGACUUCUUCUUUAACCGAUUUAAUAGUGGCAACCUGGAUACGGAAGAUUUAGUCGACCAGAAGGUGGACGUUCUACCGCCAAUUAACGGUAACGCGGUGCCACUAGGAAAGAGGAAAACCAAGAUCAACAGAAUUGUAAGUCAAAUAAAUUGGAACAAAGUUGACAAUACGGAGACUCUCAGAAAGGGAAAUGCAAUACAACUACCGCCAAUCAACACAGCAAAUAUUGAAAAGUCACCUUUGAUUGAUGUGAAUUCCAGAAAGGUGAGAGGACAAUCAAUGGCAGAGAACAUCUUAGCAAACGAAAACGAGUAUUGGAAUAAAGCGAAGACUCAAGUAGACAAUAGCGCGGCCAAGGGACUGCCUCUGCGUCACAGCUCCCAGCCAACACUACCACCCGUAUUUAAUGUCAAACUUCCCCCCAUCACAGGACUCCCUGUCCAAAGGACAAUAGACACGAGGAAACGCAAGGGGAAGCGUGUCGCUUGAGGAAAGAUGCAAACGAAAAGUAUCUAUUAAGGGAUAAUAUGUUAUUGAGGAUAGUAGUC